AAACAGAAGUAUGUAAUCCUCAACAAUACAUAUCCCGAAGGUUUGUUACUCCUGUAUCAGAUCGAUCGAUUCAUGAGCAAAUAAACCACGGGCAUGUAACAUCGGAGAAUAAAAACAAUAAUAUGCAUAAAGCUUCGGGAUUUGUUCCAAAUAACCAUCGUCAUACUAUGCGAUUUGACACACUGCGAUUGCUACCUACAAGACAUCGCACAAAACAUGUAAUUCUCACCAUAGUUGCCGAAGGUGGUGAUGUCGUCCUAGAGUUUCUUAAACCAAGAGGACGGCAACGUGAGAACCGUGUUGUGGACGUGUGUCGUAUAUCAGGAGAUGGUUUAAAAUUCAUAUUGUAUCACCCGAAUGGCAAUCGUGGUGUUCCAAUAAAGAAUGAACCGCCAGAUUUACCAUCCAGAAGUGCUGAGGUCAUGUAUAAUUAUGAAGAUAUUCCUGAGAAACAUUUUAAAAAGUAUAUGUAUGCAGCUAAAUUCGUUCAAAUGGUUAAAGCAAAAACCCCAAAAAUUACAUUAUAUAGUGACAAAGCUAAAUGUCAGCUCAUGGAGACUUUACAGGAUUAUGAAGUUGUUUUCUAUGAUGGUACAAAAAUUAUACUUAGUUCGACGAAUAAUGAGAUAAAAAUGAUUGAUGGAAUUGGCAAGAUUUAUCGAGGAUUGGAAUCCAUAUCAGCUAUAAACAUUACAUAUCUACAUCAUUUUCAAGAAACCCGAGAACAUUGCCAUAGGAUCGAAAAAAUGCUGUCCACUGUAUCAUAUUCCGGUAAAACGUUUCCGGUCAUAAUUGGAAGACGUCAAGGGAACUUCUGUGGCAGCAUUGCUUUAAGGAAAGACGUGUUUAAUUACCGGUUUUCUCCACUAAGUGUACGGACUUGAUUUAAAAGAAGUUUAUUACUAUUGCAGGUACAAUUACAAUGUAAAAACUAUGUAUCAUACUAAGGUGCUGAUUAGAGAUUUAACCAAAAGAUUACAUGAGAGAGUUCAUCCCUAAUUAAUUUCUUUUUGAUUAACACUUUGACAGUCCUACGAUGAAACAAAAAAAUGCACAGAACCAUAAUAAAAUACAGUCUUUCCCCGAGUUACAAGGUUUUCCGAUAGAACUCAAGACAGAAGGACACUGUCAUGAAACUAAUCGAUAAUGUGCCGCAGUCUUGCGAUACAAAUUCGCAGAUCCCGGUAUCUUCAACGUUUUCAAGUAUCGUUCCGCAGUCUUGCGAUUGACUCCCGCAGAUUCAUAAAAGUGUCCCGCGGUCUUGAGUUCUAUAGUAACCCUGUAUAAUAUUCCCAAGCAACAUUUGUAUUGUACUUCUAUCAUCAAUGCGACCGUUUGUUUUAGAUAGUUGAAUAAAAAAUUUAACUGUACUGAUUA